UCGCCGCUCCUGAGUGACGUCACUGGAAGCGACGGCCGGCUGUCUAUUGCAUCGAGAGGAAAGGCGCUCCGGGGUAAUGGCGUCUUCGAUCUGGAAAGGGCUGGUGGGCAUCGGCUUGUUUGCUUUGGCACACGCGGCCUUCUCAGCGGCUCAGCAUCGUUCUUACAUGCGACUGACUGAAAAAGAAGAUGAAACACUACCAAUAGAUAUAGUUCUCCAAACCUUGUUGGCGUUUGUGGUAGCCUGUUACGGCAUAGUGCAUAUUGCUGGGGAUUUUAAAGACAUGGAUGCUACUUCAGAAUUAAGGAACAAGACAUUUGACACAUUAAGGAACCACCCAUCAUUUUAUGUAUUCAAUCACCGAGGUCGGGUCAUGUUCCAGUCGCCCGAUUCAGAGGAUUGUCAGCAAAACCAAGCUCCAUUCACGUCCAAUCCAUCGCUGAAACUACGAAAACUAGAACCGUCGCAUCGCUAAAAAUACGACUACAUCAAGGGGAUUUUUACAGAUGAUUAUAGAACAGGACAUUGUAAUAACAUUGGAGUCCACGGCGUAAACAUGUUUUUUUUUUAUUAUUAUUUUUAUUUUCUGGAGCAGUAUUUAUAUUGAUCUUCCAGCCUUUAUAAAAAGAAAAAAUAGAAAUGGAGACAUUCUUUGUACACGUAAUGAAAAGGACUUGCGAUGCAGUAUAACUUAUUGCUACGAAUAUGCUGUGAAAGAUGUUUUUUUUUUUCUUUUCUUUUCUUGGAAACAUUAAACAACACUGCAGCUGUUA